AGUGUCAUACCGGCGACGGCUGUACAAACGGUGGCCUAGCGAAUAAAAAGUGGAUUAUAGAGCCCAAUUUGACAGGCUACACAAUGAGUCAGGGUAAGGAUAAUGCACGACUCAAGAGCUACAAGAACAAGUCCCUCAACACAGAUGAAAUGAGAAGAAGGAGGGAAGAGGAAGGCCUACAGCUUCGGAAACAGAAGAAGGAUGAACAGCUCUUUAAGAGGAGGAAUGUUGCCACAGUGGAGGAUGACGGCCUCCCCGAGGAGGAUGGGAUGGCGGAUAGCGGCUACCUGGAGUCCCAGGCUAACAACAUGGAUCCAAACACGGGUGGAGUGAUCUCUGAAGACAUGACUCAGAUGAUCUUCUCCAGUAGUCCUGAGCAGCAGCUAAUAGGCACUCAGCGCUUCAGGAAACUGCUUUCUAAAGAACCCAACCCGCCCAUCGAUGAAGUCAUCGCCACUUCAGGUGUGGUGGAGCGCUUUGUUGAGUUCCUGAAGAGGAAAGAAAACUGUACACUUCAGUUUGAGGCUGCGUGGGUGCUGACUAACAUCGCAUCGGGGACAUCCCAUCAGACUCGGGUGGUGAUCCAGGCAGGAGCUGUGCCCAUUUUCAUAGAGAUGCUCAGCUCGGAUUUCGAAGACGUACAGGAACAGGUAGGGAGGAAUCCUGAGUCACUGUGUUUGUUCUUCCAGCUGGCCGUCAG